AUGUUUACUUAUUACUGUGAAAGUUUCUUCAAGCAUUCACCGUUACAAUUGAGUAGUAUCACUCGUCGUCGAAAUCUUACAUGUGCAACUGAUUUUGGCGAUACAGAUGUAUUUACCAAUUGUGAGUAUUGUGUCUACGAGUUUUUCAAUAAUGGUACCGAUUCCACUAUCUCGCACGAUUGUAUUUACAUAACGAAUUCUUACCGUCUCGUCACACAGCGUUGUUCCGGCUUCACCAGUGAUAGUGAUAUAGGUUACGGUCUUUGUUCGCCGUUACCAUUCGAAUAUUUCGAUGUUGAUCUACUCUGUAUUUGUGCAACGAAUUUAUGUAACGAAAACCUAACCAUGUGUAAACAUUCUGUAGAUUCCAAUCCUCGUUUACCAGCACUUCCUUCGCCCAUACCGACCCUCUCGGCGAACAAAUCAGCUAUUUCUUGCCAAGAUACGCCACUCGGUGUACUAAACUCGACAUAUUAUUGUGUAAGGGACUCGACACCCUAUAUCAAUAUGACACAAUGUGAAGAAUACGUACGAACCCAUACUGUGGUUUGUAUGUAUUUAGAAAUGGAUCACGGAAGUUAUUUAACAUUAGUGGCAAUACCGGAUGAAGAUUAUGAAUACGUAUUAGCCGAUGAGAUCGAUAAAAUGCAGCGAAUGAAUACUAAAACGAAUGUUCAACAGUAUUAUAAUGAAACGUCCGCGACAUUUUACAUUCGAUGGACAGAAGUCCUUGAGAACGCAGAUAAUUAUACGAUGAUUUAUAAUCGAUGCUAUUGUAUGACAAACAAGUGUAAUGUAAAUUUAACCGAAUGUCUACGAUCACACUUUGAAAGUGACGGAAUCGACACGAAUGCAAAUCAUAUGUUACUUGUGAUAACGAGCAGUACUCUUAUAACAAUGAACUUUCGUUUUUUCAAGUGGAUUUUAUGA